GGUUGCUACACAUGUGGCCAAGAGGGUCACUUUGCGAGAGACUGCCCACAAAGGGUGGGCGGAGUUGGGACUAGUAAUAAUAGUAAUAAUAAUAAUAAUGGGGGCAAUAGUAAUGGGUACUACAGAUCGAAUGGUUUAUCGUGGCAACAAAAGAAGGAUUUUGACGAUAUUGGAUGGAUGAGACAACUCUGUUCGGAUUUAGCAAAAGAGAGAAAAAAAAAGGAGGAGCGUGAGAAGGAAUUGGAAAGACAAAAGGAGGAGGCGGAGAGACGAAGAAGGGAUGAAGAGAUUCGUCAACAGCACAAGUCUAAGAUCGAUAGGCAGGCAGAGAUACGGGACGCUCGUUUGAUGUCGGUCAUGACGUCACAGCUUAAAUCACUGCACGAUAAGCUUGUGGGGCAGAUGAAUGAAGUUAGAUCGAAGGUGCAGUCCGGAGAUCUGCAACGCGCGGGUGUCGAAAAGCUGCGAGAGGAGGUGCUGGAACUGGAGCGGAAACUGGCAAAGGAAGACAGCCCGGAGAAGGAAAAGGACGAACUCAGGAGGAAGCUGACUCAACUACGAAAACUAAAGGAGGAAAGUGAUCGAGCUAGGGUAAAGAAAAAAGUGUUGGAGGAAGAGAUGAGGUGGGAAAUGAAGCAGAUGCGGAAGGAGUUAGAGUUUGAAGAAGAUCAGUUCGCUCCAUCAUCAUCAGCGAGAGCUCCGCCGAAGAGAAGAACCGAGACUCCUGCGACACCAUCACGUCCUCGUCGACUGAGACAACCGAACAUGGGGAUCCGGAUUGAAGAACCCUCCACUCCGAGAACACCGGUGACGCGCUCACGGACCAGGAAGAAUCCGGCAGUUGACAACGAAGCUCUGGUUGAGGGUUGGAGAGAGAUCACGAGAGAGGGCGCAAAGACUAACGUCAUGGACCUAUGCAUGAAGAUGCGAGGUUAUCUGCGAACCAGGUCGAUGAGCGAGUUACAGUGCCUAGGUGAUGAGGAGGGCAUAGCCUACGAAACAAGAGAUAAAACAAUUAAGGCUCUCCUCUCGACGAAGAUGCAGUUUGCCAUCCGACACAAGACGGUUAGAUCGGACGUUGAAGACGAUCAGGAGGAGGAUCCGGGAAGGGAUCCAGAUCUCGAAGACAACGGACCUUCGAACCUCGAUAGACUCUGGGCUAUGUGAGACUUUAUGGUAGAACUCAGAAAAGCUAGAGUAACUGAUCGAUCCGUGAAUAUCUUAGUGGACGAAGCACUAAGAAUG